AUGGUUCUCUCACCGUCGGCCGUCCGGUUCUUCAUUGUCCUUUUCGUUGCCCUUGGCUCGCUCACCUACGGCUACUGCAGCAGUAUCAUCGCGACCACCCUUGGGCAGCCGACCUUCAUCGCAUACUUCAAGCUCGACACAGGCUCGAAUGCCACCCAACUGAUAGGCGCCAUCAAUGGCUUGUACCAAGCCGGUGGCCUGUUUGGCUCCCUCUCCAUGAUCACAUUCCCCGACUUGCUCGGCCGAAGAAAGGCGCUCUUGUUAUACUCGGUGGUCACCGUCAUUGGUGGCGCGCUGCAAGCUGGCUCCGUCCACAUUGCCAUGUUUCUCGUCAUGCGUUUCAUCACUGGCUUCGGCAUCGGCGCCCUCGUCGGCCUCGUCCCGCUGUAUCAAUCAGAAAUGUCGCCACCACGUAUUCGAGGGCUGCUCGUCGGCAUGCACGGCGUCUUGAUCUGUGUCGGCUACACCUCUGCCAGUUGGAUCGGACUGGGCUUCUACUUUGUGAAUGCCAGUGGUGCCCAAUGGCGUCUACCCUUGGCCAUCCAGUGCUUGCCACCUCUCUGCCUCGCCAUCGGUGUCCUCUUCCUACCCGAGAGUCCUCGUUGGCUCAUCGAUCGCGACCGCGUCGAGGAUGCCUACAAAGCCUUCAAGGCCGUACGCGCAGAGAAGAGCGACAACAUUGUCAACAACGAGGAGGCCAUCCAGGAUGAGUUCAAACUGCUUCAAGGCCAGAUUUUGCACGAACGCACAGAGGCUUUGUCCUUGAUGGAUCUACUCAGACUGCCUCAUAUGCGCAAGCGAUGCAUCAUGGGAUUUCUGGUCCUCUUCGGAUGCCAGGGCACAGGCACUCUCGUGAUCAACAACUACGGACCUUCUCUGUACUCGUCUCUCGGCUUCAACACCGUCCAACAGCUGCUCAUUCAGUCCGGCUGGAUUUCGGUCUGCCCCUUCGGCAACCUGCUCAACUCCCUGGUUGUCGACCGAGUCGGUCGAUGUCGAAUGCUCAUCAUCGGCUAUGCAGGAUGCGUCAUCGCCUUGAUCGGCGAAUGUAUCACUGUCGACCGCUUCGACAAGACAGGAGACAGAGGUCUCGCUUCCGCAGCCGUCUUCUUCCUCUUCCUUCACAUCCUCUUCUUUUCGUCGACCUGUGACGCCACGUCGUACAUCUACGCCGCCGAGAUCUUUCCGACCCCUGUCCGCGCAAAGGGCCUGGCGGUCAGUAUCUCCGGCCUAUUCGUGGCUACGAUCAUCUUCCUCCAGGCCGCGCCCACCGCGUUCGCCGCGAUUGGCUGGAGGUAUUAUAUCGUGUUCAUCGCCGUUACCACCGUCAUCGCCAUCGCCAUCUGGCUUUAUUUCCCCGAGACGAAAGGCCGGUCUUUGGAGGACAUUGGCGAGCUCUUUGGCGAUUCCGUCGAGCCGAUCCACGUCGACGAAAAGAUGCAGGUUCACCACGCCGAGCAGGAGAUCGUUGAAGAUGUCAGAAACGAGGAGAGGCACGACAAGCACGAGAGGCACUGAGCACAUCUGUCUUGGAGAGCGACUGUCCAAAAAAGAUGCUAGAGCACGUACAUAGGGGCCAGUGGUCUGCGAAGACCAGUGUACAUACUGUAGUGGUCGAUCAAGACCAUCUACUGACUUUUGUUUCGCCCUCGACAAAGGCGAAUUAAAGUAGCCAUGACGAAGACUUCCA